AGGAAGGCAGCCAUGGAGGCUGUGGGGGUCGCUGGAAGGCCUCUCCUCCUCUCGGCUUCGGUUUUCCUUCUCCUCUGCUUGGCACGGCCGCAGCACUUCCUCGUCCAAGCCGCCGGAGUCGGGGGCUGUCGCGGGGAGUCAGGCCUCCGGCCAGGUGAGGCCCGUGACUCUGAGUCUUGUGGACUAAGCCUACAGCUUGAGCAUUCAUUUGAGCUGGAUGACAGCACCCGAUUCAAAAAGCGUGGCACACUCCAGUGGAACAUGGGCCCUGAGCCCAGCAUCUCACUAAGCCAGAAGCAGUUAACUGAGGAAGAGCGCAACAAACUUAGGGAGGUAGCCAUAGAGGGUGGACUUUACCGUGUGCGGAUCCCCCAACGGCCCUUGGGAAGCACAGAAGAAAGUGGUAUUGGAUAUGUCACUUCUUUUGUCCGAGCAUGCUCAAUGGUGGAGUCUCACCUGUCUGACAGACUGACUGUCCACACAGAUGUAACUGGGAACAUCAUUGGCCUGUCUGUGGUCACGGUGCCCAGCUCCUGCCAUGGGGCUGAGGUGGAAGAUGUGGACCUGGAACUAUUCAAUACUACUGUUCUUCUCCAACAUCCAAUCCCAGCGGCUGUCCCAGAGACAGCAGCGUUUAUUGAACGCAUGGAGCAAGAGCAGGCUCAGAAAGCCAAGAAUCCACAGGAGCAGAAAUCCUUCUUUGCCAAAUAUUGGAUGUACAUUAUUCCCAUCGUCCUUUUCCUAAUGAUGUCCGGAGCACCUGACACGGGGGGGCAAGGAGGGGGUAAUGGAGGCGGUGCUGGGGGAGGGGGCCGAUGACAAGACGGUGUCUUUCCCAUGAUGUGGAAAGGGGAGCUGUGUAAAUAAAUGC